AUGAAAACAACUCGUAGAUCGUGGACUGUUGGAAGCAGGUGUUUGGCUCCGUUUUAUGAAGACAAUUUGUGGUAUCCGGCCGAAAUUCGUCAGAUAAAUGAAGAGCGAAACGAAUGCGAGGUAUUGUAUGAUGGCUAUGGUAAUACAGAUUGGGUGGACACGAAUGAUCUUGCCAGAAUAGAUGAUGCUAGCGAAAUGAAUUCCGAUACAUCGGCGGCCGAGAGUGUGUCGCAUCGUGAAGAGAAUGUUUUAGUGAACGGUGGAGAAUGCUCUAAAUCGGCGAAACAUCCAAAUGCUGAAAUAUUCAAACGGGCAUCUCGAAUGCUUCCGUCAAUAGCGCCUCCCGCACCACCGGCAUUCUUAAAUCAAAUGAAUAGAAUGGGCGAUGAUCCUGAAAAUACGGAAACAAAUAUGUUGAUAUCGUGGUAUAUGUGUGGUUAUCACACUGGCUAUCAUCAGGCUCUCAAGGAUAUGGCACAAGGAUCGUCCAAAAAAUAA